AUGUCGUCGCCUCUGGAUUUCCCCCAAAUGUACCAGAAACCCGCCUACAAUAUCCUCCUCAGCACGCUCGAAAGCCUUCAACUCUCACCUCUGGUGUGGAGCCACGGCCGGAAUGGCUCCGAUGACCUGGCCGCGCAGGAAUCACCAGCAUCGCAGCGCAAGGCUGAGGUCACGCGCUACGUGUCCACCAUUAUCAAGAGCCCUCUGUCGUGGAUAGACGACGACGACCAGAAGGAAACCCUGUGGGAGCUGGCCAGCAGACGCAUCUCUGAACGAUGUGGCAGGACAGCCAUGGGAGACAUGGUGAGGAAAUGGCCUUUUGAAGCCCCGGAUGGCGUCGAGCCCCAUGGGCAUUUUGAGCUUGUGAUUCGUGAGCCAGCCUUGACGGGCGACUCGCUGGGCUUCAAGACUUGGGGCUCGUCGUACGUUCUUGCUCGGCAUCUUCCCAGGCUGAAAGCUACUGUGCUAUCCAAGUUGCUCGACGAGCCGCUGCGCGGCAAGGCCCCCAGCGUGGUGGAGUUGGGGUCGGGAACAGGACUGCUAGGCGUGGCUGCCGCGGCGCUGUGGAAGGUGCACGUUGCGCUGAGCGAUUUGCCCGCCAUUGUGGGAAACUUGAGGAGCAACGCGGACCGAAACAGGGAGACGGUUGAGGCGAGAGGUGGUUCUCUGAGCGUGGGACCGCUGACCUGGGGUGGUGGCCAAGAUGAAGUCGACGAGGACCUGUUUGGCAAACCUCAUCAGUUCGAGAUUGUUCUUGCCGCAGACCCCAUGUACGACGACAAUCAUCCUGCGCUGUUGGCAUCUGCCAUAAGUGACCACCUCGCGUUGGGCAGUGAAUCACGAGCCGUCGUCAUGGUGCCCCAGCGUGAUGCCACGACUGUCGGGCUGCUCGCUUCCUUCAAACAGGCCAUGCUGGGUCUCGAGAUGCCGCUCUUUUGUGACGAGGAGGACGAACUAGCUGGGCAGGAUGACUGGGACGGAGACGACGAAGCGGGGAAUGUGCGUUGUUGGCUGGGUAUUUUUUCCCACGAGGGAGAGAAAAGGGGGGGGGUUUUAGCUUCUCCUGAUUGCCUGGUGGAUGCUGAAAGCGUGUCCGAUGUUGCAACCUCGGCUCCGAAUCGAGAACAAUAG